AUGCGGUUGUUCAAGAAGCUGCUCAUCCGGACUGCGUCCUUUGCUCGAGCAAAAUCGUCGGAACUGCCCCGGGACUCGCUGGGUCACCUGUUCCAGUCCAACCGAGGGCAGAGCGGCGACGCCAGUGGCGAUGCCAUGAGGGAGUGCACUUCCGACAUCAAGUGCCGAACCGAAAGCUUGCCUUCACUCCUCGUGCAGCCUCCACAGCGAUUCCUCCCUGAACUGGCUGGCGUUGAGGAGGAGGAGUCCGAAGCAAGGCUUCACUAUUGGGGUGCCAUUCUCCUGUUGUCACCACCCAUGAUGGCUGUCAUGUGCGAAUCCAUGCGGCUUUGCUUCUAUUGUGCCAAGCAUUUCCAUGAAAGAAACGCCUACGGACAGCUUGUCCGAAAUGAUGAUGAAGCAAGUGACUUGGAAAGUCCUAUGGUACCAAUAAGAACCGACCAUCCAUUCAAGGGACCCAACACUUGUUUCAUAGUUCCCCUCCUUUGCUACCACCUCACAUGUGCCGGCAUCGUGACCUUGGCCAUCUUCAGUGGUUGGCUUUCCAGCGAAGGAGGUGGUUUGGCCUGGGAGCUUUGGGUUUUGUGGCAACAGCUGUGCCUCUGGAACCUGUUUCUGCAGAACUUGGUUCGAUGCCUGCGGGUCGAUAGCCAUGCCUUGGAGGCAUCGACUUGCACAACCGUGCUGGCGUACACAGCGCCAUUUGCGAGCGAGAUGGCAGACACGAUGAAGGAUUGGGUGGUGACGGGAAUUUGCAUCCUUCAUGCAGAGACGUGGAUCGGCUUCCUCAUCGGAGCAGCGAUUGUUGGGAUUGAAGCUGCAAUCAGGAUGGGAUGGAUCGGGAAGCCUCCUCGUGUCUCUUACUCCUUUAUUUUUCUUCUAGUGACGUGGUAG